UUAUCCAUCGUCACCUAAAAUGUAGUUUUGCUGCAGUGUAAAUUUUAUUUAAAAUGUUCCACAACAGGCUACAAACAAAAAAACUUUGAUAUGUUGGAAUUUACAGUGUUUAAUGGUACUUGUGGUCCCUGAUGCACCACUGGCAGUUAUCCUGCUGAAGUACCUUUAACAUUAAAUACAGCUGAUACAGUUUCAGGUGUAGAGAUUGAAUGCAGCAACAUAAAGAGAAUUAAACACAGAGGAAUAGAAGGAAACAGUGUUUGUACAGUCAAGCUGUUUUCUUUUACAUGAGUACACAACACUGUGCAGGUUAUGACACAGUUCAUUGAGUACACGCCGUACACUGCAUUUAAAGAUCCUUAUUUACAGUCUAGACACACACAAUAAACCCGUUGGUCUGUAUUACAGGCAUCAACUGUGAACUGGCUGCUUACAUGUCCAACACGUGAAAGAAAGGAAAUUAAUGUAAAAUAAAUGAAUGUGGAAAGAAAGAAAAUAUUGGUAAUAAUAUAAUACAAUGUUAGGUUUGGCAGUACAGUUUCCAUAUUGCGUACCUUGUAAUUCAUGUAUGUGGAAUUCACCUAAAAGUAUUAAUCAUAUAGUUUGAAGGGUCAGGAAGCAACAAUGUUUUUGUUAAUUAAAGGUCAACUUUGCCAAUUCAACAUGAAGACUAGUAAAAUAUUACCGUGACGGUCAAACGUGCCAGAAACAAAGAUAAUCCCAUUUUUGUUCAUACAAGCUGCAGAGCUUUACUGGAGUAUGAUCAUUGUUUUAGAGAAUGAUAUUUUUAAAAUGUUAAAAUAUAAUAAAGUAAAUGGGACGAGAGAAAGGAAAAGACAAAAAUAAAAUAAAUACAAUAACUAAAGUCAAAUUCUAGAUGUUUCCAAAAAUGCAUAUAAAGCCUAACAUUUAAUUAAUUAAAAUAUUAAACUGACUUAUUAUUAUCAUUUAUAUGUUAUUGUUAUUUGUAUUGUUAUUUUUUGAUAGAAGAAGAAGAAGAAGAAACGUCAUCACAGCGCGACGGCUUCAAAACGGGUGCAGCGCAUAAACAUCAGCUAGCGGUGCCUGCGGUGAUCAUAUCCGCUUAAAAAACAGCGAUGAAUUAACAUUUACAUUUAAAUCACACACAGUGGAUGUUGUUGUAGCUUUAGUCUUAAUGCACCGCUGUUAUUCUACCCGCUUUCUGCUCUCUUGAAGCGGUCUGAGCUUUAGCUUUUAGCCGUGAAAUGCUAGUUUACUGAUGGAGAAGCUGCAGCAACUUCCUCCUGAAGUUUGGGUCUACGUGUUCAGCUACCUGACCACGGAGGAGAAGCACACGGUCCGCACCUGCUGCAGGUACCUGAAGAAGCUCAUCGACCACCCGUCCCUGUGGAAGGCCGACACGGUGGUGCUGUCCGACCUCCGCCGCUACACCUACGGCUUCUGGGACACCCUGCAGCACCGCAAGCUCACCCGGGUGGCGGUGCGACACCUGCGGCGCAAAGAGUGGCGGCGGCUCGUCAAGUUCCUGCCGUCCCUCACCGCCAUCGUGUUCGUGGACGGAGGGCGGCUGUACAAGGAGAAAUACCUGGACAACCUGUCGCGGUUCCCCGAUUUGAGGGACUUUGGGGUGCGGAACGCCACCUGGGACGAGCCGAUGCUGGGCCGGAGCUUGGGCGAGCAGCUGCGGGAGCGGAUGACUCACCUGAGCGUGUGUAACGUCCGGCUGCCCUGCACGGUGGACUUUAUUAACACCGUGUCGCACCUGGUCAACCUGCGGUACCUGCUGUUCCAUCAGCAGGGGGAGGGCUACGGGCUGGACACGGUGAGGCCGGUGCCCUGCAGCGUCUUCCACAACCUGCUGCUGAACCUGCAGAAGCUGAAGCACCUGUCCUGGGGGAUGAGGGGGGAGCCGCCCGAGCCCCUGCCUGAUGACUACCUCAGCCCCCCGGACCCGGAGCAGCCAGUAGGAGCAUCCCGGUACGGCGGCCCGGCGCUGACCAGUCUGGAGCUGGUGGAUUACCCAGAAACCAUCCUGCCAGAGAACGCACUGAGGAGUCUGACCUCGCUCAGGUCGCUGACUGUCCGCUACAGGUACAUCAGAGAGGGCAUCGAGUGUCGCCUCAGGUCCUGGCUGGAUCCUCUCCAACAGCUGGAGACGCUCACCAUCAUCGGUGGUAAUUCUCUCGCUGCCUAUACGACCACCAUCCCGUCCAGUGUGACCAGGCUGACCCUGCGUGUUGCCAUAACUCUGAAAGACAUGGACUCCAUCGCGCCUAAAGUCCCGGCACUCGAGCACCUCGACAUCGAGCAGAACCGCUCCAGCGGCAGCCUCUGCAGACGGAUCCCCAUGCUGUUUCCUCAGCUCAAGACGCUCCGGAUACGGUUUUUCCGUAGAGAACCAGAGAAAGACCUGCUGAGCCUCCACCGGCUGCGACACCUGGUGCGGCUGGAGCUGCUGGUGGAGCGCUCGUUCAUCCUGAGAGAUUACCUGAACGGUCACCCCUGGCCCAGCCCCUGCGUGCAGGAGCUCAUCAACGAGCUCCGAGAGCUGUCCGAGAACAGGAUCACCGUCAUCACGACGAUGCGCCAGAGAAACCAGCUGCGGGAGUGUGACUGUGUGUGGGAGGGGGACUGAGGAGGGGGAGAUAAGAAAACUGAGAGAGUAAAUUUAUUUUCCUCCUGAAGCAAGAAGAAGACAGAGUCACCACACAGAGUCGGGAACAGAAGCAGUAAAUCGAAAAAAUAUCAAAAACCUGAGGAGACUACUGCCAUUGAUGAUAACAGGUGGUGCCACUUUUCUUCUGAAAUAAAAGGUAUUAAGAGAGCCAUAAAUUAGGCUACUGAAGGUGUGUAUAUAUAUAUAUAUAUAUAUAUAUAUACACCUUCAGUAGCCAACUUUUUGGCUUGAAAAUGAAGCACUGAAGUCCACCAGCGACCCCAGAUUCCAGGGUGAAUAUGAGUAGUUUAGCAAAAUGAAUCCACCAAAGUUUUAUCGAGAAAGAGAUACAGUGAACAAACUAACGUAAUCCGCUAAUCAAAUAAUAGUCGAGUCUCAAUUAAUAGCCAUAAGCAUGACCAGCACGAAAAAAUGAAGGAUGGUUGCAACAGCUCACGUUAACGCAGCAAAAAGUUCUCUAUCCUCCCUCUGAUUUAUGGGCUUUUAAUGUGAAGCAUCUGCAGGAAAUAACAAUUGAGAGAAACGUUAAAUACUCAAAUACUGGAAUUAAUUGGUGAAUCAAACUAGAAUUUAUGUUUAAAAAGAGCAACAGAGUGGUGAAUUUAACAUUAGUGCUGUGAAAAUGUACAUUAUACUUAAUUUAUCAUGACGGCAGAUAAACGUGGAGGACGUUUAGAGUUUCCAUUAAGCAGGAAAUGGGGGCAUUUAGAAAUAAAAGUCUGUCUCUAAUAUAAGCCUGUCUCAGAUAAAGGCCUGGUAUUAGUCUAGUAUUCUUAAAUGAAAAACAGUAAGACUUAGUCAGUUGUCGGGAGAUCAGGGUAGCCCAUCUUAUUUUUCUACUUGAUAUGAAUCUGCAUCUUUAGGCUGCAGCUGCUCACUUUGGAAGCCUAUAGAGGACUAUAUUAAAACUUGAAAAUGUUCAUCCACAAUAGCAUUAUAAUGUUCCACGUGUUAUUUGAGUAAAAAUGAAAAUGAAAUAAUCCAAUUUUAAUUUUCACACACUCGUAUGGAUGUUCCAUGACCAUAAUAAAAUGAAAAUUAAGUUAUUUUAUAAUCAAUUUUAAAUAUAAUAUAUAUGUAUAAAAUCUCACAAAUAAAAUCUACCUAUAAAACAAUGUUUUCCCCAAUUAUUUCAGGUGGCGAAUUGAAAAAUCAAAGUUACUUUUUUGUUUCAUCCAAAAAAGUACAGAUUCUAAGGCUGCAACUAACGAUUGUUUUCAUUAUCAAUCAAUCUACCAGUUCUUUUCUUGAUUAAUCUCUUGGUCUGUAAUCUCUAUAAACAGAUAUCUGCCUAAUAAUGCAGAAUCUGUAGGCAAGGGACAAGAUUUUGGUAUUGGAAGCGUUUUGGUUUCCGUUUGUAGUACAUUUGUAGUCUGAGUAGUAUUGAUCAAUCAUGUUUGAGCGGGCUCUGGUUGCAUGCAGGUAAACAGUCUGUGUGGAGAGCAAAAGAGGCGAAACGCAUUAGCCGAAACGCAGUCUCCGAAUCCAUCGGCUAUUGUCUGACUGCAGUUUAGCUUUUUAAUCAAUCUCAUAAUUAGCAUUUUUAAAUUAAUCUGCAUUCAAAUCGUCGAUAGCCGAUGGGUUCCGAGAUUGCUAAUCGACCUGUAAACAAUGACCGCCGCACGGAAGAGGAAGCCUUGGCCCCGAUUUCUGUUAUCCAGAUAUCCGCUGGCUAUACCGGAAGCUCCGAAACAUUGGCCGUUACCCUCAGAGGCUAAAUUGUCGCCAGACGAUAGCCAAUGGCUUCUGAGAUUGCUUGGUCUGUAACACUGUCAGAUUUCCUAAAGCCUCAGUCGAUGUCUUCAAAUAGCUUGUUUUGUUCAACCAACAGUCCAAAAACACAACAGUAUUCAGUUUACUAUGAUGUAAGAUGAGGGAAAGCAGCAAAUAUUCACAUUUGAGAAGUUGGAACCAACAAAAUGUUUGCAGUCAGUCUUUCAAGAAUGUUACACAAUAAUAUUUCUGUUUUCUUUCAAAUCAUUAAAAUGGAAAAGAACAGGAAAGUCGGUACAAGAAGCUAGUUCAAUGUUACCACAGAGUAUUUACUGUGAGGUUAAAAAUGACAUGAAUGAUUAAUAUUAUGGUUUUAAUUUUUUGCUCCAAACUGAUUAUAGUUUAUGAUGCUGGAAGUUAGCAGCCCACUUUUGUGAAGUUUGGGAUGUAAUGAGCAGAUUUUCAUGAAAAUGCUGUUUUCAGGCACAGGUGGUGGGACCUUUGAAUUUUUUUAAAAAUUGUAUUUAUUUUUUUCUGUCAGAGAGACUGUCAGACAACCGCACUGUUUCUUUCUCAAUAAACGGACCCAAACUAGA